AUGGAGUUCAAACUUGAACUCUAUGAUCCCGAUUUCAACAGGACAUACGUAAUCACAUUGGAUCAAGAGGAUUAUAUUAAGGCCUGCAAUGAUCAAGCAUACGCUAGCGCCCUGUUAAACCAUUCUAGGGCUUGCUUUAAUCAACCAACCCAAACCUUGGCUCACUCACCAAAAGAAGAAGCCAAGAAAAUUGCUUUGACUACCCCAAAAACAUCUAUCGCACUGAGCCCCUCCACCUCAACUACUACAGAGGUAGAAAGAUCCUCGGAAAGAUCGGUAUGGACUCGAGGUGAGAUCCUUCUAGUCAUCGAUUUAUACAGACAAAAUCAAGAUUUAUUCAAAUCUACAACGACCAGAAAAGAUGUGUUUUGGGGAGAAAUUUGCGAAAAAAUGAAGCAGCAAAUGGAGUGCAAUAAGUCUGCCGAUCAGUGUCGGAAUAAAUUUAAGUACCUGAAAACAAUGUAUUUAAAAAAAAAAGACAAUAUGUCUACUAGAGCUACAGGCUCCCAAAAGAUUUAUUUUCAAUUUUUUAAUGAAAUGGAUGUAAUUUUCAAAGAUGACCACAAUGUCACCCCAGUGGCCAUAGUUUCUUCAUUCACUAACAAUUUUCCAGCAGAGGAAAACUGUGAAAAAAAUGAGGAAAAUGAUGAUGAAAAUAUACCUGGCAAAAAGAAAAGGAAGUUAUUAGUAAACAAGGAGAAGCCUGUUAUAAAAAUUCUCUCGAAAAGAGAGACAAAUGCAGAAAGAAGGCACCAGGAAAAUUUGCAGAAAAAAAAUGAAGCCUUAGAUUUAUGUCGCCAGAUACUCGAUUUGGCUCAAAAUAUUGUUGAACCAAAGAAAUACCUAGUUUGUAAAAGUAAUAGGAAAUAUGGCUGCAAGGCAUCAGCAAAAUUGGUCAUCACAGAAGAGCGAAAUGACGUUAUAAUGAUAAACGCCAAUCAUAAUCAUGCUGCACCUGAAUCCGACAUUACGCAGCUGAAUUUUAAAGAAGCGUUAAAGGAUGCUUGCUUAAGGGAAAGGGGUGAUUUGAAAAGUAUUUACGAAAAAAUUGCAAAGAGGCCAAGCGAUGCGUUCGCUGAAGCGCACUUGAAAAUGCGGCAACGCUGGUUGCUUUUGCCUUAA